CGACUCUCCCGUCGACUCUCAACUGCACCUUCUUCAAUGCUCGGCCUCUCCUCCCACCGGGACAACCAAGCUCGCUCAUCACUCCUUCUCGUAUUGUCAUUGUCAACGUCGCUGCCCUGCUUGCUUGCAUAAUAUGGCGUCUGCAACUUUGGGAAAGAGGACUAGGAGCACACGAGGCGCUGAGUCGGAAUUGCUCCAAGCUCUCCCCGCGAAGCGCCCGAGACGCUCUAUCCGAAGUUCUGCCUCCAAAUUCGACGACGAGAACACCCCUCCCGUAAUAAUCGCCGUUGAUUACGAUGUCGAGGACCAGGAAAACCAGCAGCCUUUGUGCGACUCGCCCGAGUCUGUCGAGUCGACGUCUUUCAAGCCGAUCGCUCGGGGCGUCUCGCUUUCCAGCCCGGUCAAAAGUGCGACCGUUGCUCCCGUCACGCCCUCCACUCCGCGUCACUACGAUGUCUUCGCCAAAGCUGCCACCACCCCGCGGCAUCGAGUCAUGACCGUGGGCAAGCUUUCGAGACGCAUGACACCCCAAACACCCCUCACACCUUCAUCAUGCCAGACAGUCUAUCACCAGGCGAGACAGCUCUUCUCGCGCAGCGCCGACCCGGGCCAACUCAUCGGUCGCGAUGAAGAGCGGUGUCAGCUGGGGGAGUUUGUCGGUCGCUGCGCCAACGCCCACCCCAGCGGGUGCCUCUACGUUAGCGGUCCACCCGGGACCGGGAAGAGUGCUAUGGUCAAUGAAGUCACACAGGAGGCGGUCUCGCAAUCGGCCGGCUUCGUCCGCAAAGCAUACGUCAACUGCAUGAGCAUCAAGUCAUCAAAGGAUCUAUACCUGACACUGCUCGACCAGCUCGGCGGGGAGUCCGGCCUGUCAGAGAGCGACAUGGUGGCGGCGCUGCAGAAGCUGUUCGUGCCCAAGAGGAAAACCAAGGACGUGUUUUUGGUUGUGCUGGACGAGAUCGAUCACAUCUUGACGCUGGACCCAGAGAGUCUGUACCGCGUCUUUGAGUGGUCUCUGCAAAAGACUUCGCGGCUUGCUUUGGUGGGAAUCGCCAACGCCCUGGACCUCACAGACAGGUUCCUUCCCCGUCUCAAGUCUCGGAACCUCAAGCCGGAACUGCUCCCGUUUCUGCCAUACUCGGCACUGCAGGUCAAGAGGAUCAUCACGACACGCCUCAAGAGCCUAAUGCCCAAAGACGCUGCGACGCCAGACUUCAUCCCUUUCUUCCACCCCGCGGCCGUUGAGUUGUGCUCUCGGAAGGUGUCGACCCAGACCGGAGACUUGCGCAGGGCUUUUGAGGUGUGCCGGCGAGCCCUGGAUCUGGUGGAGAACGAGACGCGGCUGAAGCACGAAAACGAAGUCAAGGAGCAGCUUUUGCAGAUGAGCCCGACGAGGAAGGUGCUGAGCGAAAACAAGAACCUGGCUUCAGGGCCCGGUUCUUCCCAAACCGUGUCAACUGCCUUGAUGAAUUCGCUGCAGAGUUUGACCGUGGAAAAUGCGCCGCGCGUUACCAUUGCCCACCUCAACAAGGUGACCGCAGCCGCAUUCAGCAACGGAACGAACCAGCGACUGAAGACGCUCAACCUCCAGCAAAAGGCAGCGUUGUGCUCGCUGAUAGCGAUCGAGCAGAGGAAUCGAGCGGCGCAAGCAGCAGCUGCUGCGGCUGCCGCAGCAACACCAUCCAAGUUGCAGAUUGCCGCCCCUACGGUCAAGGUCCUUUACGACGCCUACGGCCUUCUUUGCACGCGAGACUCGGUGUUGCACCCGCUAUCGAGCUCCGAGUUUCGGGAGGUGGUGGGGAGUCUGGAGACACUGUCACUUAUCUCUGCCGUAGACGGCAAGACGGGGUCGUUUGCGGUGCUCCAGACGCCGGGCCGGAGACGGAGAAAGGACAUUUUUGCCAAUGUGCAUGGGCUCGCGGACGAGAAGCGCGUCGCCAGCUGUGUCGGGGAAAAGGAGAUGGAGCAAGCUGUUGAGGGAUUAGGCGUGGGAAUUUUGCGGAGCAUCUUGAGCGGCGAGGCGUUGGACUAUUAAUGUGUGUUUCUUGGAAAACACGACUGUCUGGAUUUGCAUACGCAGGCUUGCGAGGCGCAUUGUUUGGGGGUAUCAUUGGGCGGAGUGUUUUGGGCCUUGAGUGCCAUGCAUGGAUAAAGGGCUGCGUAGUUUUGUGUUUUUCUGCUCAGGGAGCAUUCCGAUAUGAAGUUGCACUGGUGUAAUUAUUGCCUGGUUGUUGUCGUGAUUACAGAUUGUCUCGGUAUGUGUAUCCGUAACGCCCAAGAGUCUCUUUUUGACGUUGGUUGGGCCAAUGAAAGU